UCGUUGAAAAUUUCCUUCAUCCUUCAAUGCAAUGGCACAUGCUAAUUUGGAACUGUCAAACGCACGUUGCUCUGUUUAUAUUUGAUCCAUCGCCGGGAUUGCGAGAGUACAACCAGGAACGUUUCCCGACUAACGGCUUCUAGGUGCUAUGGAGACUACAUCUGUCGAUCUUGGAUUUCUAGAACCCUGUGAACCGUGGCUCCUAACAAACAAGUUCUUCCGCAGCAAGGUUGGAGGAAAACCGGCCUGGUUAGAAUUGAAAAACCUGCCCAAACCCGAGGAUCUUCUGUGUGGACAGUGCAGUGAACCACUUGGAUUUCUUUGUCAGGUGUACGCUCCGAUUGAAGGAAACGAUAAUAGCUUCCACAGGACGUUGUAUUUGUUCGUGUGUUUAACAGCGACCUGCAAUCAGUCUCCCGACGCACGUACCAUCAAAGUACUAAGAAGUCAACUUCCAAGACAAAAUGACUUUUACGCUUAUGAUCCACCAGACGAAUCAACGGAAUCGCCUGCGGUAAAAUCUCCGGUCCCUUUGUGCGUUAUUUGUGGUUGUCGGGGACCGAAGCUUUGCUCCCGUUGUAAAUCCAUUAACUACUGCAGUGCAUCGCACCAACGAUUCGAUUGGAAAGCGUCCCACAAAGCUGUGUGUAGCGAGGAAGGAGUAGCUACCACGGGUACAGUUACCGGAACAAGUUCCAUUCUAUUUCCUGAGUUUGAGAUCAUAACCGAGGCAGAAGAAUAUGAACCGAAAGCAAAACUCUCCGAGGAAGAGAAUACAAAGCGUCAAAUGGCAGAACUGGAGCGCCUAAAACAGCAAGGAAAAGCUGGUGCUUUGGAUGAUCUGCCCGAGGCGGAGCUGGACAAAUAUUCGGCCGAUCAGGUGGAAGAUAAAACGUUCGAUAAGUUUAAGGAACGCAUUUCUGCAGAUCCAGAGCAAGUGUUGCGGUACGAACGUGGAGGCAAACCGUUGUGGUUGUCGCCCACCGUCCCGAAGAACAUUCCUUCGUGCGAACGAUGUACUGGUCCGAGGGUGUUUGAAUUUCAAAUCAUGCCUCAAAUGUUGAACAGCUUGAACAACGAUCAGCUGGACUGGGGAACGCUAGUGUGCUACACCUGCGAGGCAAGUUGUGACAUUCAAGGCUAUACGGAAGAAUUUAUCAUCCGACAAGACGUACUCAAUACGGAUACGGCAAAGCAGUAAAAAAACAUUUGGCAAUGAACGUACUCAACUGUAAGUAUCGAACGAAUUUGGGCCUUCAUGAGGACAGCUUAAACAGAGUUUACGAUAUAUGGGUCGACGGAUGUAAUGUCUAAUGACGUGACCAUGGAUUGUAUUGGAUUGGAUGAAUAAGCAUAGAAACAAAACUUCUGGCAAAGGUAUUCUGAUCACAAUUGUACGUUAGUGAGUUGUUUCAGCCUAAAGUAUAACAAUGUGAUGAUUCGUUUCAGCUUGAAAAUAAAAUCUAAACGACAGGUUUAUUGACGUUCAUAAAUGCAUG